AGAAAAGCCCUUAGGAUCUUUUGCAGAGACUAAGUCCCAGCUGUAAAGACUUGAGACUUGGAGUAGUGCAGCGGAAGUUGAGACGGUUGAACCCUUGUACUAGUAUCUGCCGUGCUAAGCUUGGGAAGAAGGUGCUGUGGAGUCUGGAAGAGGAGACCAGCUGCAUCAAGGACCUGUGGCAGCUGCCCAUCAUCCCUUGGAAUGGGAAGACUCCAACAGCAGCAACGGCAGCAGCGGCAAAGGCAACAGCAGGAGGAGAUGCAACUGCACCAACUGAUGGGGUGCUGGAAGCAGUCAAGAAAGUGCAGAAGCAGCAGACACAUGGUGAGGAGAAAAGGGGGAAGUUGGAGGCUUCUGGAAGAUGGGGUGUGCACUUGGGGAUUGCAAAGGAUCACAAGGGGUGGCUGCUAUGGGACUUGACCACCCAGAAGUUGACAGUGUCAAGGGAUGUGAAGUUUCUUGAGUCCCUGUACUACAAGGAAUGGAAGCAGCAGCAACAGAAGCUUCCAUCUACACCGCUCAUUGUGGAGGCGGAUGAGGUGCAGCGGCCUUCAAGACAGGUAGAGGUUGCAGUGUCAGAGGAGGAGAUGUCUGGGGUGACUGAGGAAGGGGGAGCAGCUGAAGUAGAGCAGCAGCAGCAGCAGCAUGAGUCUCCACCUCGAGUUCCACACCCGCCUGAGCAUUCUUGAACUUUGAUUGAACUCUUGAGAUUGAG